UGACGGGAAUUGGAGCAUGCCCUUUCUAUUUCUACGUUUAUAUCUAAGUUUUUUUUGGUUUUUUUGGUUUUUUUUUUUGUUUUUGUUUUGGUUUUGUUUUGUUUUGUUUUGUCUUUGUUUGUUUGUUUGUUUGUUUGUUUGUUUUUUUUUUUUCUUUUUGGUUUUUUGGUUUUUUGGUUGAUUUGCAAGUUGCGAGUUCUGGGAUGUUACUAGGGCUUUUGGUUCGAUUUGUGUUUUGCUUUUCCUGCGGUGUUUAAAUUGGUGGAUUGGUGGAAUUUUCAUCGAAGGGGAAAGGGUUUUGGUCUAUACAGUAUCUCGCGUUGUUCUAUUUUUUGGUUGGGUAGUUUUCACCAGGUGUUCCUUUGGUGAUUGUGUCUGUUUCUCAUGUGGCUCUUCUUUUUGGCAUUGGGUAUUAUUGGGUGAACGUCGUCUUCGUUUUGCCUUUUCUCUGCGACUUUCGGUUUCUAAGUAAUGAGAUAAGCGGGAUUAUGUAGCGACAUUUGAUCUCCGAAGCCAAUUUCCUGCUUAACUCCACGCUGCAAGAUUGUCCUUCAAUUGUCUUUGCCUACCUCCGUGUUUCAGGUCGUAUGUGAACAAUGUGGGGGUUUGAGGACCUCUAUUUCUUCUUUUGUCAUAUUGACAAAGUGUUGAUUAAUAUUUUACAUGCACUCCGUUUUAGAAUUGGAUCAAUUUAUGUCUUUGUAUUCUAAUGUCAACAUCCACUGUACAUCAUAAUGCUUGUAGCUCUUUGAAGCACUGAUGGAGCAGGUGCACGGAAACUUAGGACUUGCUUGGAAGAGAGAGCGUUUUGAUUCUCAACAGCAUAAGGCCUUGUUUCACUGCAGAUGCUGUAUUCAAGAGCGACGUCGUAGCGACUACCUCGACAGGAAGCAGGAUUUAAAUUAAACUUGCUGGAUAGGAGACUUUGGGCCGAAAGGAUCAUGUCCAAGUUGCCUCAGCACUAUUGGAAAGGAACACUUAAGAGAAUGCUAGCGAAGAGGAUAAAUGGAUUGACAUGGAGGGUACAGUAGAGAUAUGAAUGUUGCAAUCAAACUAUUGGAUUUCCCCACGGAAUGGGGAGCUCGUAGACAUGGGAGGCCCUUGUCGGAUCGUGGUUGGCCAGGAGGCUGGCAACAACGUCACUAACAAGGACCUUUCUCCUAUUGAUGACAAAGCGGCUGCAAAGAGCUUAUCUUUGUAUGAAAAACCUUAUGAGCUAUAUCAGACCAUUCGCCAGCGCUUUGAAAAGCGGCCUGUCUUUCUUCAAAGAUGCCUCAACUACAAAAUUCAAGCACUGCGACAGAGGCGGUUGAAGGCAACAAUUCAGCUGAAGGGUCUUGAAAACAUACCUUGUCUUUCACAAUGGUACUGUCGGAGAGGGCGAAAGGAGCCUGGUCCAAGUACCCCUGCGACACCCCAGUAUUUACCCAUGUUUGUAAUGGUUUCCAGCCAGCCAAAUUCCCAACAAGAGAUGUAUUCUUUGAGCAACGUCAUUAAGGUGGCCAAAGUACCCCUUGUUGACAAUGGUGCUCUUAGCGCUCCAGUUACAUUUUUAAUACCACACUUGGCAAAGCUGUGUGUUCUUGCCAAGAAUGGCCAUCUUAUUCUUUUUUUUACAUUUGUUGAUCGAGCUGAUUUAUUUCAUACCGACUCUGGGAAAUUGAAAGAUCUAGAGGAUUGCAGCGGUCGUGUGGUUUGGGGCAAGCUUAGCAUGGCAUCUCUUUGUCGUCAAUGGCUAAAGAAUGCAGACGGGGGUGCGUCACUGAUAGGUCUGAAUGGUGCCUCUGUUGAGACUGUUUGUAGUCUGGACUUUGCUCACAGCAAGCUGCAGCAUCAGGACACGGCACUUGGACGCAUGAUGUGUAUGCAACCUCUUUGGGAGCUUUCGGUGAGAACUGAGAUGAAGCUGCAAGUGUGCGCACAUGCUGUUGAAAUUAGACAUGCGCAUGUAAAUGGCCGUACAUCAAAUGGAUCGUCUCACAAACGUAUUUCCUCCUCGCCCUCUCAGGCUCUUAGGAAUCCCUUAGGGAAUGUAGAAUUUCAUUUUCGCUGGUACUUCAACCGCUUUGAGAAAAGAGAAGUGACCGAGGGGUUUUCAUGCCCAUUUUGUUCAGUACGAUGUUACACCUUCAAGGGUUUACGAUGCCACUUGCAUUGUACGCACGAUUUAUUCAACUUCGAAUACUUACCAAAUGCAGACGUACCAAUUGUAAAUGUUACGGUUCGAACAGAACUACUGGGGCCUGAGGGCGAUAUUCUAGAUUCGGAUCCAACUUUAAGGACAAAAAGUUGGGCGUUUUGGUCACUACGGCCAUUUCCAAAGAUUUGUGGCAGUAAACCAAAAGUCCAGCCUUUACGUGGCGCGGGAGGUUACAUUCCUGGUCCUAUCAGUCAAGACCUCGCUCCUGGAGUUGCUGACCCUGGUCCUGGAAAAUCAAGUCAUGACGAUACGCACAUGAUCCAGAAGCAGGCCAUGAAAGGGGAAACCAGAGAUGGAAGGUCGCCUUGUCUCUCACCUCUGAAACGACAGAAGCUGGAAGGAAGUGAUUUCGCUGAGAAAGCGGAUUUCAGGACCGGAGUCUGUGCUACAGCAUCGGCAGCCCCUCCCGAUGAAACCGGUGCCCUGUUGACGACCGCUACCUCUUUUCGACUGCGCCCGGAAAAGAAUCGACAUGGAGCAGCAGAACGUGCAGAAAAGGCUGAAGCUCGCAAUCGGUUGCUACUUCAAAAGCGUACCUUUUUUCACUCUCACACGGCUCAGCCAAUGGGGUUUGAGGAGUUGAUCUCCGACAGGGAUAGUGAAGAUGAACUUGACGAGGAUCUUGCCACGGUUGAAGAUCGUCGGAUGCUUGAGGAUUUUGUGGACGUGACUGCGGAAGAGAAGGAUAUUAUGCACCUGUGGAACUCAUUUGUGCGAAAGAAAAAAGUUAUUGCUGAUGGUCACUGCUCAUGGGCCUGUGAAGCGUUUUCUGUGCUUCAUGCGGCCAAGUUUUCAAGCCAACCGUCAUUACGGAGGUGUUUCAUGCUGUUUCUUAUUAAGCUUUGGAACCAUCAUCUUGUGGAUGGAGCUACCUUCGACAAAUGUCUUAAGGUAGUGGAUUCAUACGCACAGCCAACUAACCUCAAAUAAAAUGAUUUCGGAAAAAUAACCCCUGUUUGCUCUACAAUAAUUCAGUAGCCAACGGCAGGGUCAAUUUUCCGUUGUAUGUGUCAAAGAUGAUACCUUUUGGAGCCGUUUAUCCUUCCUCAUUUGGGAUACAAGUUCAAAUGGAUCGACACGUCUUAGAUUUACAGCUUGUUUGCAUUACGCUAUCAGGAUCAGGAUUAGGUUCAAGCCGGCACUGAUUUGACAAAACCAAUACGAUUGAUUUUGAUGUGGAGUCGGUCCUGUAGAUCUCCCAGCAGCUUUGUCCGGUGAUAUCUACUGGCAGUGAAUAGGAGUUAGCACACACCAUUCUUUAAUUAGGAAUUUGUUGCAUUCUUUGAACGACGUCGUUCGACUAAAUUUGUACAGCACCUGUAGUUUUUUAAGACUCUUUGACAUUGUAUCUCUAUUCCUUACCUUUG